AUGGCGGAACGAACCAGCCUAGGCAGGAGCAGCGGUGGGAUCAUGUCGCACACCAACAGUCAACGUCCGUCUCGUCUUCAAGAGGCCGCUAGAUUGAUUGCUGGUGGCGGUUUGGGCAAUAGUUCCGAGGUCGUCCCGGAUUCCACGAUGCGUACGACGCCAGCAGAUAUAGUCCAUGCCGUCGACUUGUAUGCCGCUCAAUUUCAGUCCGACAAGCCUAGGUCUCUCGCGGGAAUCGCCCUGCGCUCCUUCAUCCUUGGGCUCUUACUAUCGCUCUGCGCCGGCGUUGCCGCUGGCCUAAUCUAUCUCGCCAUGCCCAUCUGGCGUGCGCCCUUUUUCCUCUUCGCUCUUUGCCUCUUUCACUUCCUCGAGUUUUGGACAACGGCACACGCCAACCCAUCAGCUGCCGGCGUCUCUUCUUUUCUCCUGACUAGCAAUGGCUCUGCCUACAACAUCGCUCACUCCUGCGCUCUACUCGAGACAAUAAUCAGCCAUGUGCUCUAUCCCCACGCAAUCCUCCCGCCGUGGGCCCACACCCUCCUGCUCGGCUUUGGACUCGUCCUCAUCUUUCUCGGACAGGGUGUGCGCGCUGCUGCUAUUCUGACGGCGGGUCCCUCCUUUUCUCAUUUAGUGGCUCAUCACAAACAGACAGAUCAUAUUCUGAUCCGCCACGGUAUUUACAGCAUAUUGCGACACCCAAGUUAUUUUGGCUUUUUUUGGUGGGGCAUCGGCACGCAAUUAGUUUGUGGGAAUUUGAUCUCUUUAGUGGGCUAUGCUGUUGCUCUAGCUUGGUUCUUCAAGGCCCGAAUUAAGGGCGAGGAGAUUCUGCUGGUUAAGUUUUUCGGAGACGAGUACGUUGACUACACCAAACAAACGUUCAUUGGUAUUCCAGGAGCCAAAUAG